UAAUAUUAUUUUUACAUUCAAAUAUUAAGCUUUAAACAAUGGUAAAGCUCGUUUUAAUUACUUCUAAUUAGUGAUGUCGGUGUUUUGUGACGGUGAAACGCUGUCUAUCUGUGUUGUUUACAAUACAUACGCCUGGUUGUGACCAGUAGCGUGUACUAGUUGAAUUUGUUAUAAAAAAUGUGAUGCAUUAGUAAUCGAGCCCUCCAGAGCCAGUGUUUAACCAAAGAAUCGAGUAUUUACACAAGACUAGACAUGCCAAGCUAACAAUGUCUUCCGUGCACUGUGUGGUGGUGUGGGAAUGGCAGUGCGAGGACCAGUGGAUCCCACACACACCGAGUGUGGCACGGACAUUAGAGAGGGCACACGCCAAGAAGCUGACCCGAGUGGUGCUGGCCGAUGCGGACCCGGAGCUCAAGGGGCAUUAUGUCAACUUGAGGACACUUACACAGAGCUCUGAUGCUAGUGAAGGCGAAGGCGGCACGGAGGCGACAUGCCGCGUGCGGCGCGCGUGCUACAGCGUCACGUCGGUGGGCGGGCGCGGCGUGCGCUGGGAGUGGGCCGCUCGUGAGGGCUACUACACCGCACUGCCUAUGGAGUUCCAAUGCCAACUAGAAGAAGCUUGGACCUCCGGCGUAGAAGUGGUGUGGUGGUGCGGCUGGGCGGCGCGGCCGCGGCACAUGUCGGCCCGCGGGCCGGGCGGCGCGCUGCGUAUCCUGCACCGCGCUCCGCAACCUCCCUACCCUUUAGCACGAUCGCAGCCCGCCCCUCCGCCGAGAGCAGUACCAGCCCCCCGCACACACAUCCCCCAGCAGCACACGGGGUCCAGCGUGCACUCCACAGCCUCUCUAGCGUCCCUAGCAUCCACAAUGUCAGUUCGCUCCGCCCCGCCCCAGACUGUGGUCCGGAGCGGCCGCAGCGCCUCGCCGAGCAAGGAACGGAAGCCUGGCUUAGCUAGACAAAUCCUGCACAAUUUGAAUAUAUUCAGUCACAACAGCAGCAAACCCGGUCUAGAGAGCCAACACAGUACCGACUCGGAAGAACCCCGUGCGUCGCUCUCUCACGGCGGCCGGCGACACAGUGUCGACACCGUGUCAACGUAUCUCAGCCACGAGAGCAAGGACAGUCUGCAGCAAGCGUCAACGGGCUCCCUGUUGAACUGCAGCGCGGGCAGCGACGACGUGUUCGACGCGCCGCCGCCGCCGCCACCACCCCAGCCCACCGUCGGUAUGGAAGGUUCCGGUGGUGUCUGCGUGUGGGUGGGUGCGGUGUCGGCGCCGCUCCGCAGCAGCAGCUGCGCGCGCUGCCGCCGGCCGCUCGGCGCCGGCGCCGCCGUGCUGCCGUGCCAGCACAUGCUGCACCUGCACUGCCUCGACACCCAGCUCACACAGCGGCCGCAAACACCGCAGCAGCAGCUGCGCGCGCUGCCGCCGGCCGCUCGGCGCCGGCGCCGCCGUGCUGCCGUGCCAGCACAUGCUGCACCUGCACUGCCUGGAGACCCAGCUCACACAGCGGCCGCAAGUAUGUCUACACUAGACACCGCAGCAGCAGCUGCGCGCGCUGCCGCCGGCCGCUCGGCGCCGGCGCCGCCGUGCUGCCGUGCCAGCACAUGCUGCACCUGCACUGCCUCGACACCCAGCUCACACAGCGGCCGCAAGUAUGUCUACACUAGACACCGCAGCAGCAGCUGCGCGCGCUGCCGCCGGCCGCUCGGCGCCGGCGCCGCCGUGCUGCCGUGCCAGCACAUGCUGCACCUGCACUGCCUCGACACCCAGCUCACACAGCGGCCGCAAACACCGCAGCAGCAGCUGCGCGCGCUGCCGCCGGCCGCUCGGCGCCGGCGCCGCCGUGCUGCCGUGCCAGCACAUGCUGCACCUGCACUGCCUCGACACCCAGCUCACACAGCGGCCGCAAGUAUGUCUACACUAGACACCGCAGCAGCAGCUGCGCGCGCUGCCGCCGGCCGCUCGGCGCCGGCGCCGCCGUGCUGCCGUGCCAGCACAUGCUGCACCUGCACUGCCUGGACACCCAGCUCACACAGCGGCCGCAAGUAUGUCUACACUAGACACCGCAGCAGCAGCUGCGCGCGCUGCCGCCGGCCGCUCGGCGCCGGCGCCGCCGUGCUGCCGUGCCAGCACAUGCUGCACCUGCACUGCCUCGACACCCAGCUCACACAGCGGCCCGGCCGCAAGUAUGUCUACACUAGACACCGCAGCAGCAGCUGCGCGCGCUGCCGCCGGCCGCUCGGCGCCGGCGCCGCCGUGCUGCCGUGCCAGCACAUGCUGCACCUGCACUGCCUCGACACCCAGCUCACACAGCGGCCGCAAGAACCCUUAUUCAUCGAAUGCCUUGUAUGUGGACGCGUGUACGGCCAAGACACCCGCGCCGCGCCGCAAGGCGAGCAGCCGGCCGGCAGCAUGGCGUGGCGGCUCGAGCCAACUGCUCUACCCGGACACGACUGCGGCUCCAUCCUGGUCACGUACAAUUUCCAGUCGGGUCGGCAAGGCCCGCGGCAGCCGGCGCCCGGGGCUCCGUACUACGCGGUGGGCUUCCCCAGACACUCGUUGCUGCCAGACACGCCACUCGGAAGACAGGUCCUAGCAGCACUCCGCACCGCAUGGGAGCGUCGCGUCCUCUUCACCGUCGCCACCAGCCUCACCACCGGCCGAGAGCACGUGGUAGCCUGGCGAACCACUCCCCCACCCUCUGACGCCUCCCACUACCACACAGACGCACAUAGGCUCUUAACACAAGCACUAGACAGGCUACAUGCUCUCAUCAACGAUCACUGAUCAUCACCAGCCACAGAACUGGCGCUGAGCAGGCUAUAUACGUCAACAACCACGUUGGCAGUCCUCGACAUUUCUUCAUAAACUUCCUGCUUCGCACAGCUAAACUGUGGAAUGAAUUAUCGCCUGCGGAAUUUCCGAAAUGGAAUUUUCAGUAUGUAUUUACAGUAUUUUUACAUAUGUUCUCAAAGGACAGUAUUGAAUGUACCAGCAUUCCUUAUAUGACUAAGACAAAGAUGCUGUUGCAUUUAAUAUUAUAUUUUAUUUUAAACAAAGGUAAAUUAACAUUGAAGAGAAAAUCUCAAGACAGUGUUUAUUCACUCGAAAGAAAUUGCUACUGAUGUGCCGUGGGAAAGAUUCCAAGAUUGCGAAAUCUCCACAUAUCUGCCAGAUCGGAAAUCUGCCAUGGGACAUCCUGUAUUUUUGUAUGGUGUACGAAAUUAUUCCGUUUCCAAAAUGAAAAUUACCUUUAUGAAAUUUUCAACUAGGUUAGGUACUAAACCUUUGUAACUACCAGUUUUUACUAAAAUUACAGAUCGGUAAUCGAAUACGGAACCGUGCGCGUUACAGGGUCUGUCAUCUUGUGGCCCGAAUCGGAAACAUAAACAUGUACAUACAUUGCCAAAGCAAUUUAGUGCUACCAUCUACCGUUCUCAUACAUUUUCUUGUGAAUAGUAGGUUCUGCCAUCUCGUGGGCUACAUCGGAAGCAUAUACAUUUCACAUUUACGCCUCGCUCCAAAAAUCUGACGACUGCGGCUCCUGUGCUGCUCCCUAUAGUUCAUGCACGCUCCCUAUUGGGCUACUCGAACUGUCACUUUAGUUGCGGCAACUAUCUCAACGGAAUAUAAGCAGCUGAUUGACCGGCAACGAUCAACGUGAAGCGAGUUUUUAUGGACGCGAGUGUUUACUACAUAUUAAAAAAACAAACACCAAUUACGCGGAAUCUAGAUCUACAUACUUUUUUGUGCAAUAACAAUAGUCGAUCAAAGUCAAAGUCUCUUUAUCCUUGCCGGUCUGUCAGCUGCCUAUAUACAUACAUAUAUAUAUAUUAAUCAUGUAUUAUAUAUAAUUAGUAUUAUAGUAAUUAUAACGUCUUCCCAUUGUUAUCGAAUGUUAUUGUGAUAUUCGUCUUCCUCGUCUCUCUGACCAUAUUUUGGUAGCUAUGUUAAGAGACUGAUAGUAUAUUAUUAUAUAUUUGUAAAACGCAAGUCGAUUCACUGCCUUAGUUAAUCUGGUUACAUAUUUAUGAUCGACCUGCUUAUUUUGUAAGUUGUAUUUUAGAGAAUUUUAAUUAAGACAUAGAUUUUAAUAGCGUAUAGUAAAAAUUAUAUUUUGUAAAAGGAUAUAUUUAUGAAAAUUUCCAUUAGGAAUCUUGCCAGUAAGUGCCUUUAUGUUAAACUAAGUUAGUUUUUGGUUAGAUUUUAGUGAAUUCCACGCGAUAUAUAUUUGGCCAAAACUAUCCACUAUAAUGUUAUGGUUGAUCGAUUGAUUAAACAAUAUAAAAAUAGUAAAACAACAUUUUUGGUUCAAGAUUAUUUAUUGAAAAUGUUAUUAAUUUAUAGUAAUUUUCAGUACAUAAUUAAAAACAUUUUUAGAGUGUGAUGUGCUUUAAAUUCAUAGGUAUACACUCUCGCGCUUCUACAUCUCGAUAUUGUAUGAUAUUGUUAGAUAUUUGUAGCCUUACACCGGCGUAGUAUUUAGGCCAUAGCCGGCAAAGUACCAAUAUUCAUUGAAAUUUUACAUAUUCUAUUUUUCUAUAUUUUACUAAUCCCUGUUAUAUAAAAUAAUUCUAGAGGUCAGGAUAUCCGAAUGCUAUGAUUGCUAUGAACAUUUUUUUUACUAAUUUUAUUAAUAAAACUCUUAAAUAGUUAUAACAUUUGGACAUCUUCAAAAUUUCUACAUAUGCUUUGGUUAUAGAUUUGGUCAAAUAUAUUGGCAAACUUUGUAGAUAUAGGUUAUGGCAUUCAAUAGAAAUUGCAAAAUGUGUAAUUUCGCAGAAUUGUUCGUACAUUUACUUUACACUUUUACAUUUUCUAUUAAAUCGUAAUGUUUUAGUAAGCGUAUGCCAUAGAAGUCUUCCAGAGGCAACGAAUCUUCCAUAUAAGCUUUACUAUGUAAUGAAUAGCUAGGAUAUUUAUAACUUCUUACAUUUGUUAUCAUAUCAUGCAUGUUGUUACUCUUUGUAAAGAUUGUUCAAAGGAAAAAAAUAUUACUCAUUGACUAUUAAAAUUAUAUUCAUAAUCAAAUAGGCACGCUAUCAAGUUAUCUUGCUAGGUAUGAAAUGAGAAAUAAAUCCUUUUCGCCAGGGGGCGCCAUAAAGCCUUCAGUAAGAAGUGCAUAUUUUGCAGUCAAAAGUGUGAACUGGUUAAAAGAACUUUUAACCGACAAAAACAGGCAAAACUGCUUUUGACUGAGCAUGUUGGUCAAAAAAAAGCAAAAAAAAAAUAACCCUAACCUACCUAUCU